ACAAUGGACUCGGCUUUAACCGAAAUUUACAUCCGUCCAGCUACCUUCUUCUCAUGGUGUUCGCAGCGCCAUUUCGCAAUACGGCUCGCUAUCUGAGAUAUGCAGCUCACGAGGAGCCAGUCAUAUUCUGGUCGCUGAUCCUCGGGUUCACUGGUCCUGUCAUGGUGCUCACUGUGCCUCCAAUGCGUAGACAACUCGGCUAUGUGCCACCAGAAAGGCCGCCUACCUCUUAUCCCCUCCCAAACCGCCUAGACAGCCCGUCACAGGAUAUGACGACGAAUAGACGGUUAUCUGUGUUAGAAUGGGUCGCUGAUGUUUUGAACAAGUUAUCUCGGAACUAAGCCAUACAAAACUUCCACGACCCAGAAACAGGAGCCCAAGUGGCGUUCCUACCUUCUCGCUCUUUGGACACUAAAUGAGGAGAGCCUAACAUCAUCAAGAAACCCUCAUGCGUAAGA